AUGGACGCGGUGGCACGCAUUAAGAGGGGGCUUUCGCGGCAGUUCUCCGCGGAGUCCAUAUUGAAGAGCGGGAGAUUCAGCUUCCGCAGGCAGUUGUCUCUCGAUCAAAAGAAAAGUAAUGACGCCGUUCGUUUUCCCCUCGGGCGGCAGUCGUCGCUCGAUCCCCAAAGUCGUAGCCCACUAGGAGAGGUGGCAGCCCCUGAGAAACUGGGAUCGACCAUGCAGCUUCUGUUCAUGGCGUGCAACGGCGAUCUGCAGGGAGUGGAGGACUUGCUUAGAGAGGGAAUUGACGUAAAUAGCGUCGAUCUGGAUGGACGGACUGCUCUUCACAUUGCCGCCUGCGAAGGCCAUAUUGAAGUAGUGAAAUUGCUUCUGAAUCGGAAGGCCAACAUCGAUGCCAGGGAUCGAUGGGGCAGCACUGUGAGUUUUCCUCGCUAUCUUUCUGCAGUUUAUGGGAAAACCUCCGACAUCAUGAUUUUUCUUCGUCGAUUUUAUUUUUUUUCUUUGUACUGUUGCCCAGUAAUAGAUAUGUUUUAUAUUUCCUUGCAUCUCGUUGCCGAGGCUGAUAUACACAGCAUUUUGGUUUUUAGGUUUGACAAUCUCAGUUCAUCAGAUAAUGUAAUUAACGUUGUCUAAGAAUAAUUCUAACCACAAGCUCAACCAAUCUUCUUUGCUUUGGUCUACGAGAAACAUCUGUGUUGUCCUUAAUCCACGUAAAUGGCACUAUUCUCCCGCUCGUAUCUUCAUGUCUGGUGCUUGUACCGGAUUCCCUGAGUUCUUAAACAUCCAGAUGUUAUCAUGUCAGGCUCUCUUUACCCAAGGCCUGGGCUACUAAAUAGGGGUCGAAAGAAAGAUAGAAAGGCCCUAGUCUCAUGCCUCGACUGAGACCUGAGGAGACAUUUUAUGUUAUCUUAAACACGAGUUUUACUCGGGGCCUGCUAUCUGUUUUUGCUUUCACAGGGCUCUGCUCACUUUUAUGACAAUGUUAUAAACCCUUCCUACUCAUCAUUUUCGUUUGCUGGAAUAUACUUAGUCAUUUCCAACCAUCUUCAUACUUCAUAUCUGCAUGAUCGUUAUACACAUCCAAAAACAAAACUCAAUGGAGAAUUAAAGAGUUACUUUUUCCAACUCCAGAAAAAGACUUGGCCAUUGGGGUCCCUGUCUUUAUUAUUUCGACUUUUGUUCUUUUUCUUACCUCUGCAAUUGAUAGGAUCUCAUCGUCCUCUUUGCUACAGUGGUAAAUAAUGUUACUGUUUAGAGAAAUACUUUUCUGCAGCUAGCAUCCAGUGCUACUCCCCUUCUGUGAGGAGCCUGUUGGGUAGAUAACAUUAGCAAAUUACUGGUGAUCAAAGAAUCAAAAAUUCAAUUUGUAUUUUAAGCGUUGAAAGAAUGUUAUGAACUGGUACCGAAAUUAAUCUUGCAUUGCUUAUUUUAUUUCAUUGCAGGCCGCUAAUGAUGCCAAAUUCUAUGGAAAUGUCGAAGUUUAUAAGCUCUUAAGAUCUCGUGGAGCAAAAGCACCUGUAUAAUUUAAAAACUUUAGACCAUCCAUUUUUAAUUUGGGGAUUCGUUAUUUUUUUUCCUUGAUUCAAUUGAUGUUCACCUCCAGAAAACCAGAAAAACUCCUAUGGCUGUUUCAAACCCACUGGAGUUUCCAGAAUACGAGCUCAAUCCAACAGAGCUUCAUUUCCACAAAGGUGAAACCAUUUCGAAGGUAGGCUUUUCUUCGUUGUCAUCCUGUGCCGCUCUUGCCUUAAGCAGGGAUCAGCUAUGACCAUGAAGCGACCAGAACUUGUUUAGUUUAACCAAUCUCGUCGAUUAAUUAAACAUAGAACAAUGUCAGUUAUGCUACAUGCAAGGAUCAACAACCACCCGAAAGCAACUGAACCCAGUUUAACUCCACCAUUCUCGUCAACUGAUGAAUGAAAACUUAUGUCAGCAUUUCUUCGAACUUUUGUUGAUUAAAAUUUGUUCAAGAAACUGAUCUAUAUCUCCAUUUGUGGAACAUUAAAACUGGUGACUCAUGCAAUGACGUGUGACCACAUAAACAUUCUCUGAGAGUUGAGACUAGCUGCUCUGGAGCACGGAUAACAUAGUAGAGGCGUAAAAUUAUCUUUCUAUCUUUGAUUUGCAAGUGUGGCUUACGGUUCGUCCAGAAAUAUCCCACUUAUGAAGCUGUGAAAUCCUUAGAUUUCCAUCGGUCUUUUUUCUUGUAAAUAUUCCAGCAUUGUUUACGGAUCCAUUGUGAAGGGAAAUCUAGGAUUCCUAGCAUUAUUUAGAGUACAUACCUAGUUUUCAUUCAUUUACAUGUCUAAAUGUUUCUACUUGAAGGAAUGAUCGUUUUUAAUAUUUCUUUGAAUCUCGAGUCAAAUAGCUCACAUCGAUAUCUCAGUAAAUAAUUGAAUUGAAUUAAUCGUAGCUUUCUUUCUCUGGCUUAUUUCAGUUACAGUUUGUUAAAGAUGUUUAUGCCAGGGAUACCAGUUUCACGUUUGAUUGUACAGGAUGGCGUAAUUUUUAAAUAUUUAUGAUUAUUUUUCUAUGUUUGAACAUAAUCUCUUCAUGAUAAUCACAUCUUUUAGUCUAGCUAUCAGGUUUAUAUUAAAUUAGACGUAGAGGGGCUAGCAAGACUGCAUCCACAUGAAACCUGGCCCAGUUCUUCUUGUCUACAUGCUUUUUAUUUCUCUCUGGGCCCUCUUGGAAACCUUCUUUCAUGUAUAAUUUAUAUGUUGGAUGCAGGAAGUGUAUCAAGUGGCUAAGUGGAAUGGGACAAAAGUUUCUGUCAAAAUUCUUGAGGAAAAAAGCUACAUUGAUUUGGAAAGAAUGUAUGCUCCUAAACUUCAAGGAUAGUGCUUGUUAGUCCUGCAAUUCUUCUAGUUUCAGUUUAGAUCAUUGAUUUAGCGAAUCAUAGUUAAAUUGUUUUUGCAAAUUGUUUUCAGUAGUGAGAUUGAGAACUCUAUGCUUAGUUGUAUUGCCACAGAAAACCUCGAAGUUACUAGGCUUGAUUUCCUCCUAUAUUUCUCAGCUUUCUUAUCAUUUGCUCACUUACACAUGCCAUUUUUUCCCUUGACAGCUGCCAGACAUUUUUCUUCUUGAUGCUCUUUUCUUAUUAACUAUUUUGGACAGAACUUCAUUCAAGAAUGAGUUGACCCUUUUGGAAAAGGUUCGACAUCCAAAUCUAGUCCAGUUUGUUGGAGCUGUUACUCAAAAUAUGCCUAUGAUGAUAGUCUCAGAGUACCAUCGAGGGGUAAGCUUUCUUUUUUCUCUGUAAUAUUAUUCCGAAAUAACUAAAUGUCUAGUUUAUAAAAGUUGCAUCAUUCUGUGGUUUGUACAUCGAGGAAGCAUAUGAUAUGAAUUAUUCACGCUGGUGAAACAAAACUAUCAGGGUUCUAGAAUAUUGAAUGGCUGAGAGUGUGAUUUUUCAGAUUUGAAUAACUCGAACUUGAGCUUUAAUUGGACGCUCUAGAUCCACAUUUAGGGUUGAACUUAAUUUAUUUCAGGGAGUGAAAAGAAAUCCAAAAUCAACCAAUGAUUAGUUUAUUUUUCCAGGCUCCAAGCUUGACUGUUUUGGACUCGGACUAGUCCAAAAUACUGAAAUCAAGUAAAACAUUCUUACGUUAGAAUAUCAUUGACCUUUUGAGUCAUAUAUUGGCCUUAAAACCAUAGGUUGAUCCUGCGGGGAAAACCCUAACUGGUCGUUCCAUAGAUGAAAAUUUGAUGCUGGACAUUACAUGAAUAGAAAUAAAUAUUGCGCUUUUGGUUUUGACAUGCUAAAUUAAAAGGGGUUCAUAACUCCAAGGCUAAAUUGGAGAUGGUUUUGGCUUUUUGAAAACCCCAGUAUCAUUAGUGUGACUGCUAAGGUGUCAAAAAUCAUCGAUAUUCUAUCAGACCCAACGUUCAAAAGAACCUAAAGUAUGCAUGCAAUUCAAAACCUUGGUAGAUUAAAUAACGCAGCUUCAAGAGCCUGUAAACAUUAAAGUUACUCAUUUACGAUAAAAUUUAUGUGCCAAAUUUUUACUUCUAUUAUUUUAUCAAUUCUUAAAACUGUUUCUAGAUCAGAGGAGUUCUUCCUACCAAGAAAGAAAACACUCAUACCAUAGUCUAGGAUCGGCUUGUGUGGUAGUUUCUAUGAUCCAGAUGUAAACCUGUGGAAAGGCACUUGAAAGAAACCACAGUAAACUUGCAUAUCAUUUUUUCGAUAAGUUCUUACAGGAACACUUUGGAGAAGAAAACUUCAAAAAAAUCAAAGAAUAAGGAUUUCAUGUGUAUUGAAAUUCUGUUUGGCCUCAAAGAAUGGCCUCUUUUCCUGCUAAAUUUCUCCUCUUUUUUAUAAUAUUUACUAGAGAUUCAGUCGUUGAUAAUAAUGUAUUGGUUAACUAGUUCAUUGAUUUUGCGUGUAUUGUGGGCGCUGACAUCAUCUUAAUCUGUAUAUCAGGGUGAUCUGGAGACAUAUCUUCGAAAAAAAAAUUAUUUGCGAACUCGUAAAAUACUUGAAUUUGCUCUUGAUAUCGCAAGGUAUGUUCUAACUCGGUUGCAAGAGACCGUCAUACAAACUGUACUAAGAAAAAUAGAGAUUCAAUAGAAGUGAGCUUCUUGAAUGGUUUGUUAAAAAGCUGGUUCAAAGAAUACUCAUGUUGGAGUUACCAUAGUAUACAAUCAUGGGAGGGACAAAGGUUGCUAAAGUGUUUGAUAAUUGUGUAAAAAUAAGGCUAAAAUUAAUUGACAUUAUUCGACCUUUUUACAUACUGGUAUGCCUAUUUUUCUACUAUUUUUGUCACCUUAUCGAACAAUUUCGUCUUAGAAAGUAUUACAAGAAUGAUUCCUCUUUCUUUGACCAAGUAACCAGGUAAUGGGAGGCUUUCUGUUGCAUAAUGAUUUCGGGUUUCUGUUAUUUGAGUUUCUUCUAGUUAUUUUGUUGAUUUGGCUUUUUCUGAGAUAUUUUAAACAUGAAAGGACAUUGUGGUUUGUUCUAAGCUCGUUGUGAUUUGAAUUUGGAACUUUCCGAUUGUCUUCAGCUAAUGUUAAUUGCAUCAUUCUAACUAAAUAAUACUCGUAAUUAAAUGUGUUUACUUCACUGAAAUGCAUUUCCUGAAUAAAAUUUGAAAAUAAUUUAUUAUAAUUAGUAUUAUAUUCUUAUCCAAUGUAUAGAUUUGCGUACAUAAUAUUAUUUUAAUGAUUUUUACGAAUAAUCUUUUUUCUGACUUAUUAUGGUCAAUUAUUUUCGUCUUAUUAUCUUUAGAGUAUAUUUAUUUGCUUUUAAUAUCUCUUGGAGGUUAUGGAGAUUACCUCCUCUUCCCACGCAGAAUCUCCUUGGGAGUUACUUGCUCCUGGCUCUUAAGAUGUGGCACCGGUAGUAAACUCCUUGUUGGACUGCUCCUCCCUUCAAGAAAAGGGGGGGGGCGUGGUGCACUUGAUUCCCAUCUCUACUUCGGCCGACCCAAUUCGGUUUCCUGGUUUUUGCCACGUAAUAUUAUCAUGGAAAUUUUGUUUCUCCAUCCAUCCCUGUUUAGUGACUGUGCCAAGUUGUCUCCUUCGCCUUGGUCAUCGAUUUUUUUCUUAAUUAAUUUGGAUUUGAGCUGCAUAGAAGUUGUAUUUGAGGUUAAUUCCUAUUGUAUCAGGGGAAUGAACUACCUCCACGAGUGCAAACCAGAUCCGAUCAUCCAUUGUGAUUUAAGGCCAAAGUAAGAUCGUCAAUUAUGGAAUUUCUUAUGUGAUUAAGAAGUGAAGCGACUAAUUAGUUUUAUGUCAUUACUUACUAUUUUAACUUUGCCAAGGUGUCAGAAAUAUUUUUCUCGCUAGUGGAGGCCACCUGAAGGUUGGAGGCUUUGGUUUGAUGCAAACGACGAAAUUAUCUCCAGGCAAAGCGAAACUAGCACAACCUGCUGUGAAAACCGACAGUUCAAGUAUGGAUUGACCCUCUUUCUCCAUCUCUUAUUAUCUUCCUUUUCUACUAACUUUUUUAGCCCAUAAAGCUGCCAUCUGGUACAGAUGUCAGGAGUAUGUGGACUCUAUGCCAUAGUGGAAAACCAGAUAGAAUGAUUCUAUUCAGGAAGAGCCCUGGGAGAAGGGAAUUUAAAUAAUUUUGUGAAGUUUGAAAAUGAGAAGGAAUAAGGUUCAUUAAUGGUGUUGAAUUCCUCACAAACGAAACUCAGUAUCAUCUCCGAUCAAGGAAAUAUGUAUUGAAGGAUUAUCUUAUGCCAUGAUUUUGAUUUUAUUGACUAGAAAUUGGGUUGAUGCUCAGUUUUAAUUCCAAUCUCUUUCCACUUCAGGUAUAUACAUGGCUCCAGAGCUGUUCAAGGAUGAGAUGAUUGACAGAAGUGUCGAUGCCUUCUCGUUUGGUUUAAUUAUGUAUGAGGUUAGUCCACAGUUUCGUUUAAUCAGGCUAAUAUUCCUCGAUUUAGUUAUGAAUUGGUCUGCUUUCUUGGUGAAUAUGCUUCAGAUGAUCGAAGGGGCACCUGCUUUUCACCCUGAGGCCGCUGCUGACCUGAUCUGCGUACAAGGAAGACGGCCUCCCUUCACGUCUAAAUCAAAGAACCGUCCUUCUGACCUUAAAGAGUCAGCUCUCCUUCAUUCCAAAGCUUUGACCCCAUUAAUUCUCAAUAUCUCUUCGAUGAAAAGAACCGUCGUUUGGUUUUUCUUUGUGUAGGUUGAUUCGAGAGUGCUGGAAUCCAGAACCUCUGAUGAGGCCGACAUUUUCGGAGAUGAUCGUGCGACUCGAUAAGAUAUAUGCCGCCUGUGCCAAAGUAGGACGCUGGAAAAAUAACUUUAUGUUACUAUGGUGA